AUGUAUAGCUACCGCACUGUCCUUAAGCGCGACGACGACCCCGACUACACCGAGAUGCUCAAAGCAUGCCACCUCCGCUGCGCCAAACGCACGCUCCGCGCCCUCGAGAAGAACGGCUCGAUAUUUAUAAAACUGGGUCAGCAUCUGAGUAGCAUGAACUACCUGCUGCCAAAUGAGUGGUGCGACACGUUUAUCCCGCUGCAAGACAAGUGCCCGAUCUCCUCACUGGAGUCGAUAGAGGAAAUGGUGCUAAGCGACACGGGACUCAGUAUAUCUGACUACUUUUCAGAGUUCUCACCAUUGCCUAUUGGCGCUGCGUCGCUGGCUCAAGUACAUAUUGCGAGGAUAAAAGAGACGGGGCAGAAGGUUGCGGUCAAGGUGCAGCAUCCUGCGCUGGAUGAGUGGGCGAAGCUCGAUUUGGCGUUGACGACGUUUUCGUUUUCGACACUCAAGUACUGGUUCCCAGAGUACGAUUUGACGUGGCUGUCGGAUGAGAUGGAACUGUCGCUUCCCCAGGAAUUGGACUUUAAUCUGGAAGGCAAGAAUGCUACCAGGGCGAAGGAAUACUUCGCACACGUCAAGGAUGUGCCGGUAGUCAUCCCGCAAGUUCUCUGGGCGAAGCGCAGGAUCUUGGUCAUGGAGUAUGUUGCUGGCUGUCGUCCCGACGAUCUCAAGACGUUGGACGCGCAGGGUAUUGAUAGAGAUGAAGUCUCCGCUGCUCUGGCGCGAAUCUUCAACGAGAUGAUUUUCGGCAGAGACGCCCCGCUACACUGCGACCCUCACGGUGGCAACAUCGCGAUCAAAUACAACCCCAACCGCCGCGGCAAAGCGAAUUUCGACGUGGUACUGUACGACCACGGACUCUACCGCGACAUUCCACUACACCUCCGCCGGAGCUAUGCAAAGCUCUGGCUCGCGGUCCUCGACGCUGACGAAGCGGGCAUGCGCCAAUACGCCUACGAGGUCGCUGGAAUCGGCGAGGAGCAUUUCCCGCUCUUCGCAUCCGCCAUCACGGGCCGCGAUUACACCGUGCUCGCCAAGAAAGAGGGCAGUGUAGGCGGCGUCACGACGAGCAGGACGAAUGAGGAGAAGAAGGUGAUUGGCGAUGCGCUUGGCGAGGGCAUGUUGGAGAGUUUGAUUCAGCUGCUGGGGCAGGUACCGAGGGUUAUAUUGCUUAUUCUCAAGACGAACGAUUUGAGUAAGUCUCGCUGCCCUCAAGCAUGA